GGCGAAAGGGGCGAUGGGGGAGCGCAGACAAAGGGACGCACGGAGGGCAGCGAGCCCCAGAACUACAGCGCCGCUGAUGGAGCUGCUGGGACCGGCGGCGCUUCAGAGCUGCAGUUAGACAUCUGGGCACGGAAUAGCGGACAUCACGGCCGGAGUGAUGGACGGGAAGAUGAACGGACUGCAGCCCGCUUCUGCACCCGAGUGUCCGGUCGGGAGCGUCUGCUUCAUCGAGGGUCUGCCCCCGCUGCCGAAGGGCCUCAGCGGCAUCCUCAACUCCAGCGGCGGCUCCUGGAGGGACAUCGAGAAAGUCUACAGCAAGAAGACCCGCAUCCAGGCCGACAUUAGCAAGUCCCGGUUCAGCGACUCUCUCGGGCGUAGCAAACCGGCCAGCCUGGACGCGGCGCUCGCCGUGCUCCGUAAGGAAAUGGUGGGCCUCCGCCAGCUGGACAUGUCUCUGCUCUGUCAGCUCUGGUCUCUUUAUGAGUCUAUCCAGGAGUGCAAAGGAGUCUUUCAUGACUACUCAUCCUCCCUCCUCUCUGAGAGCUCCUUCACCACAGAGAACGGCUAUUCUGAGGAAGAAGAGGAGGAGGAGGAGAUAGAGGAGGACGAGGAACAUCAAGGACAGGGGGGCCCUCAGGCCCCAUCUACCACAUCUCUGCCGCUUCCACAGCCUGCUCAGAACUCCAGGGACCAGUGGAUCAAGGAGUCCUUUCACAUCCCCUUAUAAAGGCAGUGAGUCCUUCUCUCUGACUCACAUUCUACACACCCAUGGGAUUUAACACACUGAGCCCUCGACCCAUCUCACACUCUACAGAUUUAACAUGCUGAGCCCUCGACCUGUCUCACAUUCUACACACUCAUGGGAUAUAACACACUGAGCCCUCGACCUGUCUCACAUUUUACACACCAAUGGUAUUUAACACACCUUCUGUCACACCGAUGGAGUGUGAUGAUUGCAUUUUAAUGUCCACUUAAUGGCUCCCUUGUGAACCUCAGCGUAUCUUAGUUUUAAACGGUGCUAUUUUUUCUGCACUUCUCUGCAUUUAAAACAGUAACUAAAUGCUUACAGUCCUGCAGGGGUAUUCAGCACAUGUCUAUAUAUGGCAAUUACACAGUCUGCGAUUUUUUUAAACUUUGAGGCUUGAAUGUAAUUAUUAUCCUAUUUGAAAAUCUUGUAAAUAAAACUUUUUAAAAUAUUCAUUAUGCUUCUUUACCAAGCUAUAUAAUAUGUAACUGAAUAUUGUGAAUAAUUUACAAGCUCUGUUUGCAGUGAUUAUGAUUUUAAGAUACUAAAAUAUCUAAGAUACUACAUUUACUUUGCUGAUAGUACAAACGGGCUCUUAGAAUAUUAAGUGCUUUUUAUUAUUAAAAAGGCCAGUAUUUACAUAACAAAAUGCUGUUGUUGUUUCAUGAGCCUUACUGACACAAAGUAUCGACAGCACCUUUAAAUGAACUGCCUCAAUGGAUCAGCCUUAGCUGACAAAUCUCAGCGCCUUUGUUUUAUUAAAUAAGGCAUUGGUGUGAAUCGUA